CAAAGACAGCCUGAGCGCGCACCGCUCGUUUGCGACUCCAAAAUGCAGACUCCACAGUACCUGCAGCAACGUCGAAAAUUUGCAGCUGCCUUCUUGGCAUUUAUUUUCAUCUUGGCAGCUGUGGACACUGUUGAAGCAGGAAAGAAAGAGAAACCAGAAAAGAAGGUGAAGAAGUCUGACUGUGGAGAAUGGCAGUGGAGUGUGUGUGUACCCACCAGUGGGGACUGUGGGCUGGGCACCCGUGAGGGCACCCGUACCGGAGCUGAGUGUAAACAAACCAUGAAGACCCAGAGAUGUAAGAUCCCCUGCAACUGGAAAAAGCAAUUUGGCGCGGAGUGCAAAUACCAGUUCCAGGCCUGGGGAGAAUGUGAUCUGAACACGGCUCUGAAGACCCGAACUGGGAGCCUGAAGCGAGCCCUCCACAACGCUGACUGCCAGAAGACAGUCACCAUCUCCAAGCCCUGUGGCAAGCUGACCAAGUCCAAACCUCAAGCAGAAUCUAAGAAGAAGAAAAAGGAAGGCAAGAAACAGGAGAAGAUGCUGGACUAAAAGCCGCCACCUUCCGUGGACCAUGAAAAGGACAUCAGCAAACAGGAUCAGUUAACUAUUGCAUUUAUAUCUACCGUAGGCUUUUUAUUCAAAAAUUAUCUAUAGCUUAAGUACACAAUAGGCAGAAACAAAUGAAAAGAAAAAUUUUGUAGUAGCAUUUUUUUUAAAUGUAUCAAUAUACCAUAGUACCACUAGGGACUUAUAAUAGAGGACUGUAAUCCUAUUUAGAAAGUUGG